CGUAAAAGAUUAAAAGUAACCUUUUCAUUCGUGUAACCUAAAAGUAACCAAAGCAGUUCAAAAAUCACCUAACAGGUUACAAAAGUAACCUUGUGGCAACGCUGCUCUCGUUCCUACCUACACACACUGACGCGGGCUUGGACUAGAGACGCGGGAAUCGGGAUUAUAAUGAGCCGGUGAACGACAGAGUAAAAUAAUAUACCUAUACAGGAGCUGGAGCGGUGAACUGUGGAACGAUAAUUCCGCACAGUACUGAAUCAGUUCAGUUCGUUCACUGUGUUUGAGCAGUUCAUCGGAACGAAUCGCUCCGGAGUUACUCAAGCCUAGAUAACUAUUGGAUAUUGCAAUAACUACUCUAAAACAUAACAAACAAGAUACACUAUCUGUCAAUAUGGAACUUCUAGAUAUUAUGAAAAACUUAACUAUUAAACAUGUCCCAAGUGAAAGUGAACAGCAGUUGUUUAAGUCCAUUGCUGCAAAUAUAGAUGAUGUACCUACAGAAGUAGUAUAUGCAGAGUAUUCUGAUAAAAUUAUGCUUAUUGUAUCUCAAUAUCACAAGAUUGGAAGCAUGCUAACCAUAAAAAAAGAGCAAGUUUUUGAUGGUUCUGUAGUUACUGGUUCUUUUUAUACAACAAAAGUUAUUUUUGGUGAUGCAGGAGAAGAGCAAAGUGUUGCAGCAAGAUACUUGGCGGAAGCAAUUAAAAUUACAAAACCACUAAAUAUUUUUAUAAAUCUCAAAUCAUAUGACAUUGCAACAGUCAAAGCUUGUGAAGAAGUAAUAUUAAAUUUAAUCAGUAAAAGAGAAGCUUAAAAUGGCUACAGCAAGUGCAAAAAGAUUUAAGUCUGUUCAAAAAUACUAUGGUCAGCUGGUUUUGGGACCUCCAGGUGCAGGAAAAACAACUUACUGUGGAAAAAUGUCAGAACUUUUGAAGAAACUAGGAAGAAAUGUUGUGGUAAUUAAUUUAGAUCCUGCUAAUGAUGUAACAUCUUACAAACCAGACAUUGAUAUUAGACAACUAAUUGCUCUUGAAGAGGUGAUGGAUCAACACAACCUUGGUCCAAAUGGAGCUUUAUUAUACUGUAUGGAGUUUUUAGAAAAAAAUAUUGGUUGGCUGCUGAGUCAAAUUAAUGGUGAAAAUUACACCAACUACAUAUUUGACUUACCUGGGCAGGUAGAGCUGUAUUGUCACCAUAAAAGUUUAAGCAACAUAUUAUCUGAACUUGGUAGUGUUGGAAAUCUACAAUUUUGUGUUGUCCAUUUAGUGGACUCACACCAUUGUUCUGAUGCUGGAAAAUUUAUUGCAGCUUUAAUGUUAUCAUUGAGUGCAAUGUUAAAAAUUGGACUGCCACAUAUCAAUUUACUAACAAAAGCAGAUUUGUUAAAAAAGCAUAUGGACAAACUGCAGUUUGGUAUAGAUUUCUAUACAGAAGUAUUGGAUUUAAAUUAUUUGCUUGACAGUUUAGAUACUGAUGCAUUUACCAGCAAAUAUAAAAAAUUGAACAGUGCCUUUGUUUCCAUCAUUGAAGACUAUAGUUUAGUUACUUUUCAAUUAGUUAAUUUGUAUAAAACUGAAAGUUUACUUAAUAUUCGAAAAUUAGUGGAUAAGUCAAAUGGAUAUGUGUUUAAAGCUGAAGAGGGUAGACACAUAAACAGUAUGUUAGCUUGUGCUAUGGGUGUCAGUGAACCAAUUGACAUUAAUGAACUUGAAUAAAAUGUGUUGACUUAA